AUGAGCCAGAGUGCCUUGGACGUGUUCUUCGGUGGAAAGGGUAGUGAGCCAGAGCUCGACACUCAGCAAGAAGACACUCAAGAAGUGGAGGUAGUUCAGGAAGUCCCGGAGCCUCAAGAGCCUGAAGCUAGCGAGGCCGCCGAGGAGCAUAAAGCAAAGGCCAAAGGCAAGGCGGCAAAGUCCGAGAACCCGCCGGAGGAAAGCAGCAAGGCGAAAAAGUCUCGCUCGGACCAGGACCGUGAGAAAGCGGCGAAGCUGGGCGACCUGCAGCUUUGCAACAGCGAGCCCCAGCCGCCUGCCGGGCAGGGGGAAAGGCAGGGACAAGAACAAGGCAUGGUGGUUCUCGAAGCACUUGAGCACCAUGCCGGACGAUAUCCAGAAGCCGACAAGACGAAGCUCAUCAAUGCUGCGGUUGAGAAGAAAUCCGGGGGCAAGGCCGGCCAGAUGUACAAGCUGAACACCGAGUCCGCCGUGCUCCAGCAGCUGAGCACCUUCUACAAGAAGGUUUGUGGCAAGGACAAGGUGAAGGGCAAACCCAGAGCACUGAUGGUGGCCAAGCUGGGAGGGGAGGGAAAGCUCUGGCCACCGGGGAAGCCCGACCAGAGCAUCACCGACUCCGCCGCCCAGGGAUUCGACAGCUUCUUCGCAAACUUCCAACCAUGCCUGGAACCGGACCGUGCUGCUGGAUGUGGCUCAGAGCUCCAGGGUGGCCUUCUGGCUUUGUGUGACAAACCGGGAGCAGAGAGCUGGACUGCGGAAGCUAGUACGAAGGUGGAGGAAGCUUUGCAGUGGGCAAAUGCCACGAGGAUCAGUGUUUCCAAAGUGCUUUCAAAGGAGACGGCAGCUUUGAGCAAAAGCUCGGUGUGGACGACCCUCAAGGGCCAGCUCCAGAAGGCUUGGGAGGACUUGAUGCCCUUGCACUCGGAUCUCGAGAAAGCGAAGCUCUUCAAGAACCUUUCGCUUGCUGAGCUGAGGUCGCUGUUGCAAAAGGCUGCAACUGGCCUGCUCGCAGCCCAGGAUUUGAUCAAGGGCAUGACUGCCCUAAUUUGA